GAAUUUUCGAACAAGAAGCGCGCCAGUAAGAAGGUGAGUUUUGAAAAUUUGUUCUUUUGACCAGUCUCUUGCGGCAAAUAACCAACGUUUAUGUUUAAUCGUCGCCCAAUGUGAGAAGAAACAAGCAAAUGAAACCGUCUUUGAAAGUGACGGUGGAUUAAUCUAAAUUAUGUCGAAGUCACCUUGUUGUUUUGAAAUAUCUUGUAGAAUACGUCCCGGUCACACUUUUUGUGUCGAAAAUCAAUUGAAUAGUGGAACUCGAGCUUUUAUUCUAGAAAGGUUUUUGGGGAGCAGGAAACUGUGAAUGUGUCAAAUGUUCAGAGUAAUACCAUGGCGCUGGUUUGGUUUUCUCAACAGAAAUCAUCGUUCAACAAUUAUCCUUUCAACAACAAAUUUUCAGUCAGCAAUGAUCGGCCUGAAGUCGACAGUGCAGAGUGCAUCUUUGCCGGCACAACUGGUGAUCGUAGAAGGAAACAUAGGUGUUGGAAAAUCCACUCUAGCUUGCCAGCUGGCCAGAAAGUUGAACUAUCGUGUUUUCCUGGAACCCACGACUAAAAAUCCUUACCUAGCUAAGUUUUAUCAAGAUCCGAAAAAGUACGCUCUGAAACUACAAUUGUGGAUCUUCAAGCAGAGAUUCAGAACAUAUAUUGAAGCAACUAAACACGUUUUAAAUUCUGGUAAGUGAAAUUAAGCAAGAAAAUAGUCAAAUUAGUGCUAUUUGAGCUUCAUUUUCGCUCUUUUGCUAAAAUCGAAGCUUGGCCGUGGUAUGCUUCUCCAAAGCGACUCCCUACCUGCCCGGGGGUGGGUACUGUCAUAAAUGGGCUAUAUAUGAGGUAUGUGCUGCUGUGAAGGGUAAGGUUUUCAAGCAGUUUACUCUGGAAUAGGGCAUAUAAAUCAGAAAGUGUGGGUCUAGAUUAAGAAUAGGGUAUCAUUAUUUUUCCAGGAAACUGAUUGGUUGAGGAUUUUAGUCUAGGCUAGGGAAGCCAGGAAUUGCCACUCAAAAAUAUAAAAAAUCAAAUCAUCAAGUUUAAAUUUACCCAACUCAGCCUAAAAGCUACUCUAGGAUUUGGGUGAGGUGGAGGGUUGGGGGAUUUUAGUGUAGUAUAGGGGAUCAAAAUUCAGCUGAACUAGCUCUGGUAUAGAUUAAGGAUUCCAGGGUUCCAGUGGCACAUCCCCACCCAAACAUUCCUAAAGUACCCCUCUCCCCUGACCCACAUAGAAGGAUAUACAGGUAAACCUCAUUAUGCACUAAACUGCAGUACAAGGGAUACCUAGUGCAAAGGGGAGAGGUAUUGACCCAAUUUUGGACAUAGGGCUGCUUUUGAGACUUUUGUGAAGGACAAAACCUUCCUAAGUAGCAAUGUGCAUCAUUUUGUAGGUCCGCAUUUUUGUACAGACUGUACAUGGUGUAUGUGUACAAAUUAAAGCCAACUCAAUGAUACACUUUGAUUGGAUGAACAAGACUUCAAAUAACAGUCAUCAGACAAUCACCAACCAAAACAAUUGGCCAUAUCCAAUCUAAGUCUCACUCAGUCAUAGUUAGACACUCCACAACAGUCUCAUUUCCAUGUCCUAUUUUCUAUUCUUUUCUCACUAGCUGACCUUAUGUCCCAGACACAACAUUGCAUGAUGUUACAUGUUGUUGAAAGUUUUUGCACAAAGUUUGAAACUGGUCUAACUUUUAGCUACAGUAUGUGCAAACAGACACAACAAAUGUUAGGAGUUGUUGGCCAACAAUGUUGUGUCCAUUUGCACGGGGCUUUACAGCUGUACUUUUAACAUGUUUUUGUUGAAGCUAGGGUCAAAACUGUUGAUGUUUGGACUGAAAUUUUAUAAUUUAUCACAUAUUCCUUUAAGGUCAAGGAGCUCUCUUAGACAGAUCAGUUUUCAGUGAUUCAGUUUUUGCUGAAGUUAACUACCAGCAAGGAACUAUCUCUGAUGAAGGUACAGAUUUUUUAUUGUUUUUUUCUUUCUUUGUUGUUGGUUUUUUUUUUUGUUUAAUGAACGAGCAUACUUGGUAUACAAAAAAUGAUGUUUUUAGCGCAGCUCUCAUGCAUGCAGUGGAGCACCAUGGGUAAUAAAAUUUGGUUAUCUAUGCAUCCAUAAUUAUCAUUACUUUGCUUAUGGUAAAAAAAGUUAAAUAACUUGAAAAAUACAUUUCUUACAAGGUAAAAGAUCCCAUGAGAGCUUUGCCUUUGGCCUUGACUAAAUCUAUUAUUAUAUUAGUUUACCUAGAGGUUGCCAUCUCAUAACUGUUUUUGGCAUUGCUUCUGUAGCUCCGAAAGGUGAAAAUUAAAGCACCAUUUUUGGCCUUAUAUUGAGUAAAGUUUGUGUAAGAAAAACAGCACAAAUUAUUUUGAGUGAAUGCAUGUGGGAAGUUUAGCAGAAAGCAAUACUUCUUGUCCUUUGACUAUAGUACAUGUAGACAGGGAAGGGUCAAAUUGUUUACUUGAGAAAAGGCAUUGUAAUAUUUAUUUGAGUGGAAAUUCAUCAAACGUUUCCUUGAAUUUAAGGUUUUCCAUAACUUAGAUGUGAAUUAUUUUUAAAGACUGGCUUGUUGUAAAUUUAUCAUAGUUUUAUUUAUUUUUUUUAUUCAACACCCUUUAGAAACAGGGUGCAAAGAAAGUCAUUUUUUCAGCUUGCCAUUCGGGCAAGCUGAAGCUAACAUUUACUAGCCCAAACAUCAUUUCAACUAGCCCCAAAAACGUUUUGAUGAGUAGAUGGAUUUCACAGUUCUUCUGUAAUUUGAAUUCCUCAAAACUCUUCACUUGCCCAUCGGACAAGUUAAUAACAGAAUUCACUAGCCCGACAGCAAAAUCCACGAGCCCCGGGCUAUCAGACAGUACUUUCUUUGCACCCUGAGAAGCUACAAUACCAAACUCUCUUGUUACACAAUAAAUUUAAGAACAUAUGUUUUUUCCAUUGACUUUCAUGGAAUGUAUCUUGAAUUAUUUUAGGUUACCAGUAUUACAGAGACCUACGGAAACAAGCUUUGAAGGAUGUUUUGGUACCACACACUACGUUGUAUCUUGAUGUUUCACCAGAGACUUGCAGUCAGCGUAUUCUUGGACGAGGAAGGGUAUGAGUUAUUUCAUUUCUGAAUUCAGUAGCCUUUGAAAUUACAAAGUAAUGGCCCUACAUUUUGUGCCCAGAUCAGUUGAACAUUAAUUUAUCCAAGACAUACAAUGUAGGUGUGUCGUCUUCAGGUUAGCGCAGUAAGAAUCACUGAGGGAAAAGUCUGGGGAAAACAAAGUUGUUGUCAACGUAGGUAGUGAAAAAUCAAAGAAUGAUUUCCUGCUUAAAAAAGACAUUAAUUUAGUUCCAAAAAGUCUUCUGUGUUUAAUCAAUAAUAAUGUUGUCAUGCUUUAAAUCCUGUAAAAGUCUAUGUGUACUCUCAAUGAGGUUUAUGUAAAAAGUUUGAAACUAUCAAAAAAUAAUGAAAAGAAAAGUAAGAUGCCAUUUUGGAGAAAGUUGUCUAGACGUUGGUGAAAAUUUAACGGUGACACCCCUUUACAAAAUCACUAGCUUGUGUGUUUUAUUUUUUUGUACUUAUUUUUAUUUUUCUUGUCCUCUUAGAAAGUACCUGAAACUUAUACUUUUUCCUUCAGGAAUAUGAAAGUGCAAUUCCACUGGAUUAUCUCAAGGGGCUUGAUUCAUGUUACAAAACAUUUUUAGAUGAAAUGAGGUAAGGCCUAAAGAGAACUACAUGCUUGUAUUUGAUUAGUAAUUCAUUUGUUUAUUUUGGAGGAUGCUUCAAAAUUAUUAACUCCUCUCAUUGUAGGUUUUGUUAUUCCCCAAUCGUCAGCAUUGCAUAAUGCAUGUUCAGCAUGUGAUUCAUACGUGUAGUUACUAUAUAGUGCACUUAAAGGGCGUAUUGUACUUUAUUUUCUACUUGAUUUUGUUCAACGUGUUCUGUGGUUAGUUCAUACAAUUUUCUUUUACAUGUACCCAUCCCUCCCACCCAUAUGGGUUUUUGAUCGGUUUUUACGCACUGUUGUGAAAUAAAACUCUCUUCAUGCCAAACAAAUGGUGUGUUAUUAGUUGUCUGUUAGUAUAGAUAUCUCUGGGCAUUUUAUUAUUUUUUGACCAGAUGGUAACUAGGAGAACAAUUUACUUGCUUCAAAUGAAGUCUCUCACCAUAAUCUCGGACUCCAGGGGGGAUAGGGGAAUGAGUUAAUUUGCUAACAAUGCUAUUAAUUUUACGAACCUGACCAUCGUCAAAUUAAAUUAAAUAUUUCUUGCUUUUGCUUGGAUCCCUUUCUAAAAGUUGCUACCUUUUCAGGCCCAAAUCCAAAAUCUACAGUACAGAGUCAAAGUUUUGUGCUACAUGUACAUAUAGUUGCUAUCAAAUUAGUCCAUUGAGUUUUCUUAACUGAUUGUACAUGUAUCAUUAAAUUAGUUAUCUUUUAAACUGUCAAAAACUUUGAUCUUGAAAGUAAACAAAGCAAACAUAAAACAGUUUUCUGGGCCCAGUAAUUUCCAGGAGUUUAAAGAAGCAGGUCCUAAAGCUAUAACCAUACAUGUAUGAAAUCCAAGAUGCCCCUCAUCCAUGUUGUGUGCAGAAACUAAUAUGUUGUCUAUCAAGGGCAACUGGGCACUUUAACAGUGCAGCUCUGUAUGUUCUCAAUCAGUUACCCCUCUUCCUUAAGAAAUAAAUUAAUUCUCUGUAGUUUUAGACAUAUUUAUUAAAUUUAUUUGUUACAACAAUUGUAUUUAUUGAGGAAUAUUUAUUCUGGCAGACAAAUUGGUUCAAUUGUGUUGGUUUACAACUGGACGGACUUUGGAUAUAAGUAUGAGGUCAGAGUGUUUAAAAACAGAUGAAAUCACAGUUUAAUUACAUUACACAUGUACAAAUAUGCUAAUAAUUAUGAUUUAAUUUGUAUGUGAUCCUUGUAGGUGGCAGAAGACAUUAAGAAGGAGGUUGUACCUGUGUGGAGUCAGGAAAAUGUGCAGAAAUUUCAUAGACUGUAAGUUUCAUGUUUUGAAAGUUUUCACUCACCUGGUAUGUACAAGUGGCAAUAGUUAAAAAAAUUCCUGAUGUUACGUUUAGGUAACAUCAUAUCAUUGACCAUAAAUGAAAUAUGGUACUUAUUAUUUUUGUUACUUGCAGAAUAUCAGACACUUCAGGGCUGAGAAAUGUGUUGACAUUAAAUAGAACCAUUCCAGAAGCAGUGAUCAGUGAAGAUGAAGAGGUUUGUUUUAAUCAUUAAUUUUCCUAUAGCACCAGGAGGGGUGAAAUCUCAGAUUACAUGUACAUAUUUUACUUUUACCAGCAAAAUGGAAUAUUGAAGCCAAACUGAAGUAGUUUAGAAAAAUAUAUUGGCUUCAAAAGCAAAGGACACAGGCAACCCAUGCAGUUUCCAUUGCUGGGAAGCCUGUUAUUCAUGUACGUGUACUGCCUUUUUUAUGGCCUUCAGUAUUUUGCGAGGGAUAAAAGCAUUGUUGAUUGGCAAAGGUAAGAAAGGUUUCAUAGGUUAGAAAGGUGAAAGAUAAUGAGAAGUGGGUAAGGAAACAAAGUUAAAGAUUGACAGUAAUGGUAUGUGAUGUUCAGUACCAGUGUGUUACAAUAAUCAACUUUUUUUCCAGGAACAACUAGAGAUCCUGAGUGAUAAGAAAGCAAAUGACACUCAAAGUAACAAGAAACUCGGAGAUAUUUCAUCAAAUCACUUGGUGUCAUCCGUAGAAGCAUAGUAAUGAUUAUUUUACCAGUAGCUACAAGCAAUGUACAUACAAUGCAUGGCAUUUUUCAAAACAAAACAAUAAUAAUUCACUUAAUUAUACAAGUAUUCUUAUCAAAAUGAAUGUAUUAAGGUUUAAGAAACAAGAUGUUUUGGACACAAAAUAUUUCAGUCAUUUUCUGCAACUUCUUAAUACAUACUUAACAAAAAAUUGACCACUUAUCUAGAUAUUAAAUCUUAUUUUAAAAUGUUGGUUUUUAUCUUGACCAGUAGUUCAUUCCCAUAAUCGUCCUAAAAAUCCCAGCCCCCAGUUGUGAAAAUGCUAGAUAGUGCUAUCCACAGGAUAAAUCACCAUCCAGCAGAUAAGUAUGAGAGAAACCAAUUGUGUUAUUCUGUGGUUAGUGACUUAUCCAAUGGAUAGCGUUAUCCAGCUUUUGAACCGCUGAGGCCAGAAGCUUAAAAUCAACACCAAUAAUGCAAGGAGUUCCAACAUAAUCUUUGGUUGUAAUGAUUUCUAAGGAAAAAUUUCACCAAGCUUGUUUUCUCUCUUGGGGUUUGCUUUGACCAAUCAUAGUUUUUUUUACAACUUUCUCAAUGUACAUGCAAGCAUUUCUCAUGCAUCCACACCACAUGCUUUUUAACGCAACAGGAGAUACUACCUUUUUACACGAAUUCCAAGCCUGCUAGACAAAAGUUAUCAACCAGUAAUGUUUUCUUCGCUAUCGAUCAAAAAGCAUAGACUGCGAGAAGGCUCUCCAUUUGGGGGAUAUCGUGAAAAGUACAUGCACAACGAGAGAUGUGAGGCAGGGGAGAGAAACCUUUCCUGGGCACCUCGGAGCCUCGCUCGCC